AUGAAGUUGUCUCGUGCCGUUGUCUUCUCCACGGCCGCUCUUGGUGCCUGGGCUGAGACCUCAGUGCUUUCGCUGCCAUUCUCUCAGGAUGUCCUCUCCACUAUGCCACUAUGCGCAGCUUCCUGUCUUGCCAAGACCUCCGCAAUUUCCUCUAAGCCCUCAAACAACCAGACCGCCAAUCUUUGCAAAGACGUAUUGUUUCAACAAGAGGCGAUCCUAUGUGUUCGGCAUAUGUGCACCAUCAUGGAAACGCUUGCAGCUCAGAAUAUUACGAACACAGCCUGCAACGUGCCACUCCGAGAUCGUUCCAAGCAGUAUAUAGAGCUUUCUCUUGCGAUGGGCAUUGCCGGCUCUUUCACAGUGAUGGCCAGACUUGUCUUCAAGCGCAGAUACAAUCUAGGCCUAGAUACAGAUGACUGGCUGACAGGGAGCCUGUUAGUAACGAGCGUGGCUACAAUAGUCGUCAAUCAGUAUAGGCUGACGAACAAUGGGCUUGGGCGUGACGUUUGGACCAUAACACUCUAG